AGUGAAAGUCAUAAAAUUCCAGUCAAAAAUGGGGCCGCCGGUAUCAUCUGUAUACGAUUUGGCUUAUCGAGGCAAAACAGAAGCCGUAAAAAUACUUAUCAAUGAAAAUCCAAAACUCAAAACCGACAUGGACGCGAAUGGCAGAAUGCUCAUUCAUUGGGCUGCUUUAGGGGGACACGAUGAUCUGGUCUCGUACCUUCUGUCGCUAGGUUUUCCAACGGAUCCAAAAGAUGAUAUGGAAAUGACGCCGCUAAUUCUUGCAGCUUCGGGGGGUCGUGAAAAAGUGGUGAACCUACUGUUGAGCCAAGGCGCUAAUGUAAACGCUCAGACGAACGAUGGUCAUUCAGCGCUUCAAUAUGCAGCUUCGAAAAAUUGGAAAACAAUAUGUGCCGCGCUGCUUGAACGAAAUGCAGAUAUAAAUAUCGCCGACAAGCGGGGAUCAACGCCUCUUCACCGAAGCGCGUCAAAAGGAAAUUUAGCGAUCGUAAAACUUCUCCUGGAGUACGGAAAACAGCUGAAAAUCGAUCAGAGAGACGCGUAUGGUAAUAGUGCGUUACAUUUGGCAUGCGAAGAAGACAGACAAGAAGAAGCUAAAGUAUUGGUUUCAAACGGUGCUUCGAUUGAAUUGACGAAUAAAGAUCGUAAAACACCGUUGGAGUUAUGUAAUGUUGUAUUCGCCAAACAGCUGAAAGAACUUCACGAUAAGAAUUCACUAGUUUGAAAAAUGAGAAGAUGAAGUAAAGAUCUGCGACGUGCUGUAAUUUAUGCAUGAAAUUGAAUUUAUAAUAUUGAAUGUGUCAAGAUUCGUGCGAAAGUAUACUUACAAUAAUUAAGUUAUACAUGAUAUAAGUUUGCUACAACCUAUGCAUGCCUUGGACCAUAUAUGUACAUAACUUAUGGCAAAUAAAAGGAUCGUUUACUUUUUUCAUUACAAAUUUUAA